GGAGGGGAGGGGCGCGGAGGGGGCGGGCGGCCCACCGUCGGUCCGCCGUCCGCCGCGGCGCCGGGACGCUCCCGCCACCUCCGCUCGGUGCCCCCUCGUCCCCGGGAGUGUGGGCUUCCGUGGGCCGGACCUCGCCCCUCCGGCGGAAAACGCAGGGGGAGCCCCGGCGCCCGCGCCUCCGGACAGCCGCGGGGUCCCCGGGCCGAGACGGCGCUGAAGACGAGCCCGGGCGGAGCCCCGUGCGUCGUGCCUGUCGCCGUCCGUGUCCGGAGCCGCGGCCCGCGCCCGCCCGCUCGGCGCCCCGGGCCGGAGGGCCCCACCCUGCCGGGCGUGGGCGGCCGCGGGCCGGGAGCGCGCGGAGCAGCCGUCGCAGGGCCUCCCGCGGCUCCGGCCUCCGCCCCGGGGAAUGCGGUGGCCCCCGGCGCCUGCAGCCUCCCCGUGUCUGCGCUCGGCCUGCUCGCUCACCUGCUCCGCGGCCACGACGCUCCUGCGCCGCGCCGGCCAGGCCCCCCUCAUGGCGGCCAAGUGGUUCAAGGAGUUCCCCCUGAACCUGAAGACCGUGUCCGAGCGGGCCAAGCCCGGCGGCGGCGGCGGCAAGCCCCGCAAGAACUCCGAGGCGGGCGGCGCGGCCCCCACGGCCGGCAAGGGCCGCAAGAACUCGGUGGCCGAGCCGGGGGGCGGCAGGGCCGGCCUGGCUCCCCCCAAGGACAGCCGGCUGUCCCGCGAGAGCCUGCAGGGGCUGAUCCAGGCCGCCGCGGGCAAGAGCCGCAAGAACUCCCGGACCGCCGACGAGGAGCCGCACCGGGGCGCCGCCAGGAGCUCGGGCUGCAGCACCUACAUCAACAGGCUCAUCAAGGUGGACACUCAGGAGAAGAAUGGGAAGGGCAGCUACCCCGGCGGCAGCAGCAGCAGCAGCAGCAGCUCCAGCAGCUCUUCCUCCGCGUCCUCAUCCCCGUCCUCCCUGGGCCCCGAGCUGGACAAGGGCAAGUCUAUUAAGCAGCAAGACACGGUCAUCAUUUUAGAAGACUAUGCUGACCCGUAUGAUGCCAAGCGGACAAAAGGUCAGCGGGAUGCGGAGAGAGUAGGCGAGAACGACGGCUACAUGGAACCCUAUGACGCACAGCAGAUGAUAACAGAAAUCAGACGCCGAGGAUCCAAAGAUCCCCUGGUGAAGGCCCUGCAGCUGCUGGACAGCCCCGGGGAGCCGGGGGAGCCAGGCGCGAAGCCGGAGGCGCUGGCCCGGAGACGGAGCUCCAAGGACCUGCUGGGGAAGCCGCCGCAGCUGUACGACACGCCCUACGAGCCGGCCGACGGGGGCCCCGAGCGGAAGGCGCGGCCCCCCGACGCCCACGGCCGGCUGCCGCAGGACGACGAGAGGCCCGCGGCUGAGUACGAGCAGCCCUGGGAGUGGAAGAAGGAGCAGAUCGUGCGGGCGCUGUCAGUUCAGUUUGAAGGCUCUGAGAGACCUUCCGCCAAGGAGGAGCCCGGGAGGCAGCACCACCGGCAGAAGAGCUGGACCCAGAAGAUCUUGAAGCCGGCGCUGUCCGACCACGGCGAGGGGGAGCGCGUGGACCCGGCCCUGCCGCUGGAGAAGCAGCCUUGGUAUCAUGGUGCCAUCACCCGUGCUGAGGCUGAGAGUCGACUCCAACCCUGCAAAGAAGCUGGUUACCUGGUUCGAAAUAGUGAGUCAGGGACCAGUAGGUACUCCAUUGCACUAAAGACUAGUCAAGGAUGUGUCCACAUCAUAGUGGCUCAGACCAAAGACAACAAGUACACACUGAACCAGACCAGCGCCGUCUUCGACAGCAUCCCUGAAGUGGUACACUAUUAUUCCAAUGAGAAGUUGCCUUUCAAGGGGGCAGAACACAUGACCUUACUCUACCCCGUGCACAACAAGCUGCACUAAGGUUCAGCCGCCACAAGCCCUGGCCGGGCCUCUCACACCUGAGAGGGCCUCAGCACCCACCCAGCACCUCAGGGGACAAGGCUGGACUGCGCCACAAUAAUUGGUAGGAGGUGGGGGUCUCCAUUGAGAAGUCAAAACGUCUUUGGGCUUGAAUCCAUUUCAUGACACUUGGUCACUGACCUGUCCCCUUUCUCCCUGCUAAGUAGUCCUACAACAAGAUAUGGCUCAUGCCAGGUGCCUCCACUCUCUAGAGUAGGGUGUUCUAUUUGGGUAUGACCCUCAGCAAAGGUAAGUCAGGAGUCCAGGAAUAUUCAAGUUCUCCAGAAAUUGUGCUAAUUUUUACCUGGGUUACCUGGUCUCCAAACAAACCAAUAAAAGUGCACUUAGCUUUUACAUAAAAAUGAUCAGGCGGAACAGGAGAGAAAAUGCUAUCAGACCCCCUUUGGACAAAAGGCUGAACAGAAAGAAUAAGUGAAUAGUGGACCUUAGAGAAAGCUGUCUUUCUCACGUGUCCUAGUUCAGCUUUGGAGUCCGUGAAACUUCCCAACUUCAGGGUCUGGCAAAGGAUUAUUUUGUUGGUCAGCCUGCUAAGAAAGUUUGUGCUUUCUUGAUCUCUGAACUUUUUCGUCAUUUCAACAAGUCAUUAACAUAAGCAUAAAUAGGAAGGACAAUUUAAAAAAUCAGUACAGGCUUCUGGUCAAGGUGGCAUCAUAGAUAAGUGCAGUACUUGCACCCUCCCACAACCACAUCAAAAUUACAACUAAACUACAGAACAACCAUCACUCAGAACCUCCUGAAAUCUAGAUGAACGGAAGUUUUACAACCAAGAAUGUAUAGAAGAUGCCACAUCGAGACUAGUAGGAGAAGCAGACACUGAAUGGGCUGGUCUCACCCACAUGUGGAUAAAAGUUGGGAGGGAUACUUCAUUGUGGAGGUCCGCACUAUGGAGUGAGAGGUCUUGCCCCACACCAAGUCCCCUAGCCCAAGGCUUCAGUGCCAGGAAGGGAAGUCCCCAUAAUUUCUGGUUGUAAAAACCAGCUGGGAUUGCAACUGAGUGAGAUGGAGGGCUUCUGGAGUCCCAGGCAGUUCCUGUUAAAGGACCUGUGCAUGGACUUACCCGGACUAGUCCCUCUGACUAGGGCAGCAGCUCAAAAGGCACCAGGGACAUAACGGGGAGGAACUGAAUUGUCUGAUAUCAGGGUGAGGUCUGGAGGGGUGACUUUCUACCAGAUAGAAGUGUUGGCAGAGGCCAUCAUUCCUUUGCUGAGUCUAUCCACCUUACAGAGCCAGCAGGCGGUGCCAUAUCUGAAUCUCCAUCAGCCUUGUUAUCACUGUUUGCCCCACCUUGGUGAUUCCCUGAGACCCACCUCAUCCAACUUUGAGACCCACCCACGCUUUUCUAUACAAAUGGCCUGUCUUGGCUCAUGCUUCAGAUUUUCCUAAAAUCUCUCAAAUAAGCAGCAUUUACUUACAUCUCACUAAGUAUCCCCAGGCCAAGCACUAGUGGCAGUUGGUCUUGGUUCAUAGCUUGGCCUCACCUGGGCCCUCCAAGCCCAGCACAAGUAACAGUCAUCUGCAGAUCAACGUGUAGCUCAUACCCAUGCCAGGAGGCCCCAGGCAGAACACAGGUGGUAGCUGACCUUGGCCUGUACCUCCUGGAAGGCUCCAGAGCCAUCGCACCUGGUGGACAGCUUCACACCAGGUCGAAACACCACCCAACCACCUCCAUAAGCAACACACUCAAGGGUUGGGCUCAGUGGGCACCAGAUCCCUGCUGAAGUAAGUCCUGCUCUAUGGUGUAAGCCCCUACCUCUGAUCCCCCACCGUGGUCACAGCCAGUUCUUGCAGCUGAUUGGCCUGAGGAUAAAUUCCUCCCCUUGCUGUACCAACAGGAAUCAAGGCUCAAUUGCAAUAGGAGGGUGUACACAGUCCACAGUGGGGGGGGGGGAGGGCACCACUGGGCCCUACAGGACACCUACUCCACAAGGCCACUCUACCAAGCCCAGGAGACGUAGCAGCUCCAUCUAAUACAUAGAAACAAACACAAGGAGGCUGCUGAAAUGAGACCAAAAAACGUCCCAAAUCAACGGAACAGAACAAAACUCCAGAAAAACACUAAACAAAAUGGAGACAAGCAAUCUGCUAGAUGCAGAGUUCAAAACACUAGUUCUAAGGGUGCUCAGUGAACUCACUGAGAUCUGCAACAGCAUAAAAAAGGGCGUGGAAACCGUGAAAAAGAACCAGUCACACAUGAAGGAUCCACCAACUGAAAUGACGACUGCUUUACAGGGAAUCAAGAGUAGAGUAGGUGAAGCCAAGAAUCAAAUCAACAAUUUGGACUAUAAGGAAGCAAAAAAAGAA